UGUAAAUGUAAACAUGACAAAGAACAGCCACACCUACACUGCAGUACUCCUUUAUGCAACGCCACAUACAUCUGCUGUUCAGUGUGUUUGCUUGCUGUAGAGAGCCGUGUCAGUAGCACAGAAUAUAUAUUUGCUGAACAUUGCCUUUAUGUGGUUAGGACUGGUAUACGAGUAAGGAAACAAAUCAGUCAUUUUUAAGAGAUUUGCAACUUCAUGUUGUUCUAAGCCCCGGACGGUGUCAAAUCAUGCCUACCCAAGGCCACAAAAGAGGGGCUGAUGACUCCUCUACUUCAAAUGAUCAGGGCAGGGAAGGUAAUAAACGCCUUUGUGCCAUAGCAAAGGGAACUGCAGCAACACCUACCCUCGAGAUGGAUGUCAUAAAAGUGGCCAAAGAUGGCAUUGGAAAAGUCCUUAGCAGACUGGACAAGGUGUCAUCUCCAUAUGCAAACAUGGAUUUCAUUGGUUAUUUAAGGAACAAAAUCUCAGCUUUGGAGGCUAUUAUUGACGACAAAGUUGUUGUUGGUGUAUUUGGGAGGUCAGGAGCUGGUAAGAGCUCACUGAUGAAUGCCAUUUUGGGGGUGAAGACCUUGCUGCCCUCAGGGACUGUUGGCGCAUGCACAUCAGUCAUCAUCCAGGUGGAGGCCAAUAUGACUGACUCCAACUACGUGGCUGAGAUUGACUUCAUUUCUAAAGAGGAAUGGGAGAAGGAGCUGGAAUCACUUUUGAAAAUCAAAGAAAUGGAUGGUGAGGAGAAAGAUAAAAGGAUGGUGAAUAUGGCAAACAGUAAAAUCCAGGCAUUGUACGGAGAAGAUGCAGUCGGGAAAAGCUUUGAUGAACUGAAGUCACUGGAGUCAGAGACAUUCAGCGACAUCCCAGAGUUUCUCUCAUCAACUAGGAAAAUCCUGUCAUUUGACACAGCCACAAAGUUCUCUACAGAGAUUGCCUGCUACAUACGAAGCAAAAGAAAGAUACAUGGGAAUCAAUCUAAAUCAACUCAGAUACACUACUGGCCACUUGUGAAGUAUGUGACCAUCAAGAUACCAAACUCCAAGGAUCUUCUGGAACACAUUGUGCUGGUGGAUCUUCCAGGAACUGGAGACUGCAACAAGGCCAGAGAUGAGAUGUGGGAAUCGGUCAUUACUAAGUGCUCCUCUGUGUGGGUCGUGGCUGACAUUGACCGGGCCGCAGCGGACAGUGAUGCAUGGAAUAUACUGGACAACAGCAUCAGUAAUAUGGGUCCUGGUGGACAGUGUCAGAACAUCACCUUCAUCUGUACUAAGACAGACAUCAUCAACCCAGACAAUUAUAUGCGUGAAUUGGACGAUGAAGACCUUCACAUAGAGGACUCUUCUAACUAUUCAGAGGAGCAGAAACGUGCAUGCAUAUUGCACCGAAAUCAACAAGCCAAGAUGGAAAUUCAAGAGAAUUACAGCAACCCAUAUAAAGCUAUUGAUGAAAUGCAGGUGUUUACUGUUAGUUCUCAAGAAUUCCAGGAGGAUAAUCACUACAUUCUGAGACAAGAAGAGACAGAGAUACCUGAGCUGAGAGCUCUGCUGAAAAGCCUGAACGACCGAAGGUCAGAAAAUGUGAUGAGAGACUAUGUGAAUGGAGCGUAUGGGAUCCUCUCCCUGGUCCACGUGGUAAACCACGAGAUCACCAAAUCGAUGGAGACCGAAAAAGAAACAUUGCACAAGCUUCUAGAACAAAGGCUGGAAGAUGAGCUCCAGAACAUUGACCAGUUCAUGUCAGACAUUCACAUGGAGUUUGACAAGUGCCUUUCAGCCGGAGUGCUAGAGUCAGAGAAGACAUGUGUGACAAGAGCCAAGGAGGAAGUGAUAGCACCAAAAAGAAAAGGAGGAGGGGGGUACCACCAGACCCUGAGAGCUGUAUGCAACGGCCAGGGGUUCUGCAGGUCAACAAAUGGGAAAAUAACUAAUAUGAACGCUUCUCUGAGCAACUCUCUGUACGAUUCCAUUAGAAAUAUAUUUUCAAAAACAUUCAAGAAAUCUCAGAAAUCUAUCUCUGCAAAGAUUGCUAAUUUCAGCAUCCUCUUAGAGAGUUUUGAUGAAGAAACCAUGUUUCCUCGGCUGGCAUUCCUCAAAACUGAGGAACACAAAUUGAAAGCAGAUCUUAAAAAUGAGAUCGUCCAGAGGAAGAAGAAAAUCUACUCUUCACUCACCAAGUCAAUCAUGACAACCAUGCACCCCUCCUAUAUAGAGGCUUCAGAUGUACAUGGGAAAGGAUCCCUAAAGAGAAUGCAGGACAUACUCGAGAGUCACAUUGAGUCAUCAAAGAGCACCAUGUUCCACGAUGCUAAGGGGAAGAUGCUGACACUCCUAGCCAAGCUCAGGGAACACAUUGUGCAGGAGCUAAGGUCUAAACUAAAGGAAGCUGUGAAGCAGUCACUCCACAAUGAGCUACCUCUCCCAGAUAUAUCUGAGCACUAUGAGAUAGUGAAGAGCGCCCAUGAAGAAAUGAUGGGUAAACCUAUCACAAAUGUUGAAGAUGAGAAAUGUAUCCUAGAACACAACUCGGGGAAGGAAAUGACAUCUGAGCAGGUAACUGCCAAAAUUAAGGUUCCACUUCGAAACAACAGGAAUGAUGAGAAGACAAAGAAGAAGAAAAAACAAAAGAAAAGGGCGAAGGAUGUUCUUGCAGAUGCUGUGUUUGUGGAUAAGCACAUGAGUGCACUAAUCAGGAGGGUCACAAUGGUAAUGGCUAUAGCAGAUGACCUACUGGGAGAGGACAUGAUCCAAGAUGAAAUGUAUUCGAUUAUUGAUGUAGCCGAGACCAGUGAGAAAAAAAUGAGAGUUAUGUACAAGGCUCUACGCUCAGGAGGACCACUGGUUAAAUCAGCCUUCUACACAGCUCUCCAAACUAAUGAACCUAAUCUUGUCAAGGACUUGGCUUCCCCCUGAAGACAGACCUGGCUUGGGUUGGGCCUCAAGUGCUGGACAAAGGGCAGCAGGCAGUCUCACCGGCUGUGGAACUGCAGCGGAGUUACUAUCCUCCUAAUGCCCCUAUGGGUGUUGGGGGACAUAACCAACUAGCUCUAUCAUCCUCUUUUGUUGUUGUGGCUUUAUGUUUGUGGCAAACUGAAAUCUGUGCCUUUGCAAUCUGCUAUAGCCUAGUACUUUGUUUUCAUCAGAAUGUUUUGUGUGUUUUGUUCUCAUCAAACCCAUGUUUAGUGUUCUUACUGUAUGUGUGAGGGGAAAGGGACAACCCAAAACUGGUUAAAUCUGAUGUUAGUUAAAAAAACUUGUGCAUGCAUAAAUACUUGAGGACAACAGAGGGACAAACAGGUUGAGUAGCAUAUAUGCUUGUUAAUUGAUUUAUGCAUUAUUUUAAAUAUUUAGUAUAUAAUACAAUCAUGUUAUGUGGAAAAAUUUGUCACAAUUUAUUUGACCAGAGGACAAUACCAGUGGAAACAGUGCCAUGAAGUAAUGUGCAACCCAAGAUAAAAUGUUGAUCAUGUAUGUAACGUUUUGUUUUAGAUGUGAUCUUGAUUAUACCAAUGAAUUGUGUUUAUCUCUGUUGUAGCUUAUCUUCUGAUUGUAUUAUGGUACCUGGUUUAUUUCAUCAUUCAUUCUGUUUGUUCAAAGUAAUCUCUAAAUCAUCAUUAUAUCUUCAACCAAUUUUACAUUUUAUGUUUCUGAGUUCAAUGUCUCAUUGUUUCAUUUUUUCCUCAAUAAAAAUAAAUGUUAAAAGUC